UUGAGUUUAUUCGAAGUUUGACACCGAACGGUACUUAAACUGUCUCGUUGAUGUGUGAACUCAUCGCCAAUUAAAACUUGGAAUCUCGCUCUACGAUGUCAGCCAAACAAAACUGGCGUCCCAAGGUUUUGGUAACGAACAAAGAAACUCCUGCAAAAGGAGUAAACAUUCUACGGCAAAAGUGUGACGUAAUCUUCCCGGAAAAUGUUCCGGCAACGAGAGAGGAGAUACUUAAGCUGGUACCCGGAGUGGACGGAAUUAUGUGGGUCGGUCACUAUGCGCUAAACGGUGAAGUACUGGAUAUCGGUGCCCCAACACUGAAAGCUAUUUCGACAAUGUCGGCCGGAAUGGAUUACGUAGAUUUGGAGGAGUUUAAGCGACGUGAUUUCCCUCUCGGGUACACACCAAGUGUCCUGAAUGACGCUGUCGCUGACGAAGCUGUCGGAUUGAUGAUCGCCGCUGGAAGACGGUUUCAUGAGGGACGACUGAAGAUUGAUAACUCGCAGUGGAAUGGUGGACCGCAGUGGAUGCUGGGACAGGACAUAAAGGGAAGCACAGUUGGUGUUAUCGGUCUAGGGGAAAUCGGUCAGGCGAUUGUCAGAAGGCUAAAGGGAUUUGAAGUUGGCCAGAUUAUCUACAGUGGCAGGAAACCCAAACCGGCGGGUGAUAAGCUCGGCGCUAAGUUUGUGUCGCAGUCGGAACUGCUGAAGGAAAGUGAUUACGUAUUUAUUGCCGUUCCGCUGAAUAAUAGCACCCGGCAUUUGAUAAACGAAACCACACUGAAUCAAAUGAAACCAACAGCUGUUCUGAUCAAUAUUGCUCGAGGGGAAAUUGUCGAUCAGAAUGCGUUGAUUGCAGCGCUUAAGAAUGGCACCAUAUUUGCAGCGGGACUCGAUGUGAUGACACCGGAGCCGUUGCCCGCUGACCAUGAGCUACUAAAAUUGCCGAAUGCCGUUAUCGUACCACAUUUGGGUUCCGCCACCAGAAGAACCCGAGACGAUAUGUCGGUGAUUGCGGCCCACAAUGUUCUCGCGGGUAUGGAAGGAUCUCCGAUGCUGGCUCCCUAUCCCUAUCCGGAUUGAUUUUCUGAUGCGCUAUUAUGUGAAUUUAUAGUAUUAAAUAUAUUAU